CUCCCUGCAACCAAGUAACGUUUGAUUGUGACUAAACGCUUUCUCGCCCGGCGUGAGAGGUCGAUGUUAUAAGUACGGUGAGACAGAGGCUUUGUUGGAUAUACACCACGUUUGUUGCCGGUUAGCAGUCAAGGAUGGCCGACGAGGAAAAGGUUGAGACAGUCAAAGUCCCAACGUUCACUUCGUGCCGUUACAUCCUGGCUUAUGUCGGUAUCGUCGGCGUACUUUGCACCUAUGCCAUUCGAAUAAACCUGAGCGUGGCGAUAGUGUGCAUGGUGAAACCGCCGGAGCUCAACAUUUCGCUUCCCAACACCACGGAAGCAGGCUGUGAUUUCAACACGGAAAGAGACGCGAAUGCCACACAACAGGAGUACGAGUUCGAAUGGAGCCGACCUCUCCAAGGCGCAGUGCUCAGCUCGCUGUUCUACGGAUAUAUAUUGACCCAGUUUCCAGGCGGAUGGUUGGCCAGAAGAUUUGGCGCCAAGCGGGUCCUUGGUACGGGGAUGAUGAUUGGUGCAGUGUCGACCCUCCUCAUCCCAGUAGCUGCGAGGACGCAUGUGUACAUUGUCAUCGCUUUAAGGGUUCUUGUUGGACUUGGCACGGGCGUGGUCUUUCCAAGCUUCCAUCACAUAUUGUCCACAUGGGCACCGCCCUUGGAGCGAACAAAGCUGAUUGCAUUCACAUACUCAGGGACUAUGCUAGGUAACGUAGUGACGUUAUUUCUGUCGGGCUUCCUCUGUAAAUUCGGCUUUGCUGGAGGAUGGCCAUCUAUAUUCUACGUUUUCGGGGGCUCCACGGUUAUAUGGCUAGUGUUCUGGGCGUUCCUGGUCUAUGAUUCGCCCGCCGAUCACCCACGGAUAUCAGAGGUAGAGAGAUCAUUCAUUGAACAAUCUACUGGCAGGGAUCAAGACCAAGAGGGCGAUGACAACCAUCCAAUCCCUUGGCUCUCGUUCGUCAAAUCGAUUCCUCUGUGGUCCAUAUGUGUCACUCAUAUCGCCAGCAACUGGGGAAACUAUCUACUCCUCACGGGUCUACCUACCUACAUGAAGGAUGUUUUGAAAUUUGAUAUGAAAGAGAAUGGUUUAUUUUCCGCCUUGCCGUACAUAGGAAUGUUCUUCAUGGCCAAUUUAGUGGGAGAACUGGUAGACCUCGUCCGGGAGAAGGGCGUUCGUACCAUGGUUGUUCGCAAAGUGUGUCAAACCGCAGCCUUUUGCCUUCCUGGGCUAUUUCUCAUCAUAACUGGCUUCCUUGAUUGCACUCAGCGACCCCUGGCGGUGGCAUUAGUAGUUAUUGCCGUGUCCUGUACCGCCUUUGGAAGAGCGGGUUACGUAAUAAACCACGUGGACAUUGCUCCAAGAUAUGCAGGUCUUUUAUUCGGAAUCACCAACACAGUGGGCACCAUUCCUGGGAUGCUGGCUCCCCUGACCAUGGGAUAUGUUGUCAGACACGGAAAACGUGAAGAAUGGCAGGCAGUGUUUUACAUCUGCGCAGGCAUAUUCAGCGUUGGCGCUCUAGCAUUUGGUUGUUUCUCGAAGGGCGAGGAACAGGAAUGGGCCAAAGUACACCGCCACCAUCCAGAGAUGACAGAGAAAAGUAAGGAAGAAAUCGAGAGACUUCAUCGAACCGAUUCUGCUACCGGUCUGAGAGGAAACAAAAGUUACGUUGAGAUGAUUGCCACUUGAGGGGUUUCGCGGAUAAUAUUCGAUGCAUGUUGGGGAUUGUCAAGGUCGGAUUCAAAGAUAGAUUCUUCUCGAAAAUGGGGGUCUCUCACACCUCCGUCCUUCCUCCCCUUGCCUACGCCAAUGUUACUCGUAUAACCGACAACAGCCCCUAUGUACAUUGUAUCAACGCCUUGUUUAUCAUGACGCGAUAAAACAUGUAUGCUUUUCAACAAAGCCAUGCUCUGGUAUGGAUUUCAUUGUGUGUGAGAACAUUUUAGUUAAGUUCCGUGAACUCGAUACAUUUUCUGAUUGUUGCGUAACAUUUUACCUUUGGAGGAGCGAUAUAUAAUAUCGAAAAGAUGGCGCUAUCCAUUGUCAGUAAACAAAUCAAACUCCCUUUGAAUCAUUUCCUUCAGACGACGUAGAAUUUGAUUCCUACGUGUCACGUUUACAUGGGAUGACUAUUUAAGUGUGGCGGCAUCCCGGACGUUGACUGCCAUUAGUGUCAUACAGCUGAACCGGGAGCCGUCCUCCCUUUUGCUGGGUUGCCUAAAUCUUCACCGGAACCUUGUUGCCCUUUAGCCAGUAGGUGAGAAUCUUGCCUUUGCCCUGAAAUUGUGAAUUAUAAGACCCCCUUUAGGAGGGGCUCUUAAGAUACACGUGUGUGCGGGAGUAUAUAAUGUAAAUGAAGUGAAAUAAAGAGAGUAAAUAUUGUAUAUCCAACAAACAAUUUUUUUUGGUAUUUUUCUGAAUUAACUCCGUUGAGUUUACCGAUUUCUCCGCGAU